AUGCCGCCGCCGCUUGUGUUGGGGGCUGCCAUCUUGGUAAGCGACGGCCGCAACCCGGAGCCCCGGCAACCAUGCCCCGCAGAGCAGCCGGGCCAACCGUCGUCGACCGAGCAGCACGUUCUUGCGCCAUGCGGAGCGGCAGGUAAUGGUGCUCCGGGUCUUCGACGCUGCUUAGCCUGGGCCUGUCGGGCGUGCAAGCGGCGCACCAUGGCCGUUGAUCGUCGGAGAGCGGCCACGCUGCGUGAACGCAGGCGGCUCCGUCGCGUGAACGAAGCCUUCGAGGCACUGAAGAGGAGGACUUGUGCGAAUCCCACGCAGAGGCUACCGAAGGUCGAAAUAUUGCGCAAUGCCAUCGAAUAUAUUGAAGGGCUGGAAGAUCUGCUCGAGGCGGCUGACAGUGCACGCACGACCAACAAGCUUUUUGAAACAUCUAAGCCCGUUUCAGCGAAACCACUGCAGUCACACGAUGACGACACGUCGAGCUGGAGGCCAUUAUCUGAACGUGUGCAUCACGAUCCGCUGAGCAUCCAUGACGGUCAGGAAUCGUGCGACCUUCCCGGCGCUGUAUCAAGCUUGGAUCGACUGUCCCUGAUAGUGCAAAGUCUGAAUGAAUCUAGGAACAGGCUGUAGUCAACAAAAAGGCUGUCUUAUGCAAGGUCUACGAGAAUUGGGGCUACACGACAAAUAUUGACAACUGAAACGAGCCGCCCUUCAUAUAAAAUAGCCACUCCCUCUGCUGAAUUGCAUCUAUUGUGGCGUGACUUGCACCAUACCUACGAACUUCGUCGCUGACACACUGAUCUGUUCAUAACUCCUCAAAAGCCUGCCAGUUCAAUUAAAUUGUUUGCGGAUGUAGUUUUAGAUAAAAGAAGCUGCCAUUCUCGGUCUGGAUGCCACUCACGGUUAUGUAAAGCGAUAUAUAAUAAGGAACAAUUAGGUUCAAAUGUUCAACUAUCACAAAAUUAUGUAUUUUUCGAGACAAUAAAUCAA